CUUUCUGUUGCGCACGUAUCGAGGCCGCCUGCUCCGCGUCGUCAGGAGUGACGAGGAGGUUAGGGAGAUAUUGACCCGUUAUCAUGACAACAAUAGCCACGCUGGUCGGGCCCGGGCGGUUAAAGAGAUCAUGAUGAUGUACUACUGGGUCGGAGUGACGGAGUCAGUGAAGGACUGGGUCAGAGAUUGUGCUGUUUGUCAGAGCAAUAUUCCAGCCAAACCACCCGACCCGCCCGUCCAGUUCUGCCUGGCGUACGGCUGCGACUCCUCCAGCUACGUUUACCCGGAGCUCACAUUUCACAGGUUUCCAAAGGAGGUGGAACGGCGACGAAGAUGGCUAGCGGUGCGCAGAGGGAUGAAGGUUCACUUCGUUCAAGGUCCAAUCUCUGCUCGAGACACUUUGAGUCAACCUGCUUCACCCUGAACGAGGAGGGUCAGAUGACUCUAUUACCGGACGCCAUACCCACCAUCAUCCCUGUGACGAUGCAGGACCAAGAGGGUCUCAUCACUUCAGACGAAGACUUCCUUCAUUCAAACAGCCUGGAAGAGAUCCUCUCUACAGCUGCUGCUGCUGCUGCUUCACAAGGCACAGAAACCUCUGACCUGGCCUUUGAUCAAUCUGAAACACACAUGCAGCUGCAGGAACAUCAGUACUCCCUCCCGCCUCCUGAUCAGGACCCCACAGCAAUCCAGCCUGUGAAGGUGUUCAAGAAAAGACAGCUCAUCAUCGAGUCGUGCUUUGCGACUUACAACCAGAUUGCCAGAUAUCUGAGCCACAGGGUCUUACCAAUGCAGAACAAGAUAACAAGAGGCUCUUUGAAAAGGAUGGCCAAGCGCUUUGGUCUAAUAGAUGGAGUUCUGAUGUUUACACGAGUCUCUCCUCCCCUCAGAGUGCCGCGCAGCAGAGAAGAGGUGAACUCGAUCCUGCAGCAGUUCCAUGACAACCAGGGUCACUACGGCCAGGGAAUCUGCCAGAAAGAGAUCGCAAAGCACUUCUACUGGGCCACCAUGACCCGGGACCUGGCCCGCUGGAUCUCCAGCUGCAACACCUGUGUCAACAGGACCAAGAGGAAGCUGUUCCGCUGCAGCGUCCAAAACUGCACCAACUGCUGCGGGCCGGUGGAGAGGGGCCUGGGCCUCACCUUCCAUAAGUUUCCUCUUCACAACAUCCCCUGCUGCAUCAGUGGUUAA